AAGCACGCUAGUGCACUCUUUCAACUCUCUGUUUAGACAAGUUUGCCUUGUGUGAUAGCUAGUUGGAAUGGAGACGGGAAAGGACAGAUAGUUGACAGAUCAACAACAAGUUGGAUGUCACCCAUGCAUUUUUGUAACACGUUAUAGCACGUCUUAGCAAAUGUGCCGAAAUGUCAGUCUAACUUUUAAUCGCAGUACGUGGAUUAUUAUAUGGCAUAAACCUCGAAUUCUGUGACUGAGUCAGCUUGUUGGCUAACGCUGUGUUUGGAACAGUGAAAAUGAAUAACUUAUCGUUUGACGAUCCCUCGUUGGAUAAUUUGGAUCCAAGUCUAUCACUGAAUGAUCCCAGUGAUAUUGACACGGCUCUACUGAACGAUAUUGAUGAUAUGCUCCAGCUCAUCAACAACCAGGACAUGGAGUUUGGCAGCCUGUUCGACCAUCCUCAGUUUGGCUCGGGGCCGCCCCUCGCCCCGGACCCACCGGCGCUGCCCCUUAUCAGCACCGCUCCGUCGGUCCCGGCCUCCUCCCCCUCUCCCCCCUCCUCGUCCACCACCUCCACCACGUCCUCCAUCCUGAGUAGCAGCCCCCACCUGGAUGCCCUGCUUGGCCCCCCCAUCUCGCGCAGCUCCCCCUCCCCGGACAAGCUCUUCCAGCAGCCCACCUUCCAGCAGGCCCCUCUUGCCCAGGUGACCGCUGCCCCAGCAUCCACGCGCCCAAAGCAGACGGUCGCCCCUCAGGUCCAGGCCGCCAGCACGCCUGCGCCCGCUCCGGGCCCCCUGCUCGCGGGGAAGAUAACGCCCUACAGCCCCCCCAACCCCCAGGCCCUCUUCAGUUCGCCCUCAACCCCUCAGCAACAACCGCAGCAGCUGGUCUUCCCUGCCCAUAGUGCAUACCAAGCGGUGAACCAGGUUAGCACUCCUCAGGUGGUCACCAGCCUGACCACCACGCCCCAGAGUGUCCGCCCCGUGACCAUCCAGGCCCAGGUGCAGAGCCUGCCCACCCCCACCAUGCUCACCACCACCUCCACCAUGCCUACUCACACCAUCUCCCAACACGUGCAACAGGUCCUGCUGCAGCCGCAGUUCAUCAAGGCCGACUCCCUGCUGCUCACCACCCUCAAGCCAGACCACGGCACCAUGGUGACCACCAUGGCCACGCCUAUCUGCACCUCUUUGACCUCCACCACCGCGCCCAUCCAGGGCACCUCGCUACAGGCUCUAAUGAGCGGAGGCACCAUCCUCACCACGAUGCCGCUCGUCAUGGACACGGACAAGAUGCCCAUCAACCGCAUCGCCAUCUGCGGGAAGCCUGGAUUCCAGCCGCCCAAGGGCGAGAAGCGCACCGCGCACAACGCCAUCGAGAAGCGAUACCGCUCCUCCAUCAACGACAAGAUUCUGGAGCUCAAAGACCUGGUGGCCGGCACCGAGGCCAAGCUCAACAAGUCUGCUGUGCUGCGUAAGGCCAUCGACUACAUCCGCUACAUUCAGCAGACCAACCAGAAGCUCAAGCAGGAGAACAUGGCACUCAAGAUGUCCACCCAGAAGAACAAGUCCCUGAAGGACCUUGUUGCCAUGGAGGUGGAUGGGCCCAAGGUGGAAGUCAAGAACGAGCUGCCCACACCCCCACCCUCGGAGGGUGGUUCCCCUGACAACAGCCCCUUCUCCCACUGCGGCAGUGACUCAGAGCCCGACUCCCCCAUGGUGGAGGACAGCAAGAUGGAGCAUGCUGCAUCAGGCAGUGCAGGGAUGCUGGACCGUGCCCGUAUGGCCCUGUGUGUCUUCACCUUCCUCUUCCUCUCCUUCAACCCUCUCUCUGCCCUGGUGUGUGGGAGCGAUGCCACCAGCUCCUCGGCCACCGCUGGGGGGCACGGCUCGGGCAGGAACAUGCUGGGCUUGGACAGUGCAGCGGAGUCUCAGGGCUGGCUGGACUGGAUGCUGCCCGCCCUCCUGGUGUGGAUGCUCAACGGGGUUCUGGUGGUGGGGGUCCUGGUCCGGCUGCUGGUCUACGGAGAGCCCGUCACCAGACCCCACUCUGGCUCCUCCGUGCUCUUCUGGAGGCAUCGCAAGCAAGCUGAUUUGGAUCUCGCUCGGGGUGACUUCGCUCAGGCCUCCCAGAACCUGUGGACAUGCCUGAAGGCGCUGGGCCGACCGCUGCCCAUCUCUCAGCUGGACCAGGUGUGCGCGGCGCUGUGGGCCGGCCUGAGGCUGUGCCUGCAGCGCCUGUGGGUGGGCCGCUGGCUGGCCGCCAGGGCCGGGGGCCGCCUGCGCCACAACCGCCCCCUGCAGGAGGACGCGCGCAAGAGCAGCCGGGACGCCGCACUGGUCUACCACCGCCUGCAUCAGCUGCACAUGACCGGUAAGCUGUGUGGGAGCCACCUUGAGGCCAUCCACAUGGCCCUGAGUGCUGUCAACCUGGCGGAAUGUGCCAGAGACUGCCUGCCUGUGGCCACACUGGCCGAAAUCUACGUGUCCGCUGCCCUGCGCGUCAAGGCUAGCCUUCCCAGGAUCCUUCACUUCACCUCAAGAGUGUUCUUGAGCAGUGCGCGGCAGGCCUGUCUGUCUCCCAGCGGCAGUGUCCCCCCAGCCAUGCAGUGGCUCUGUCACCCCCUGGGCCACCGCUUCUUCAUAGACGGGGACUGGACCGUGCGCAGCUCCCCCCGUGAGAGCAUCUACAGCCAGGCCGGAAACUCAGUGGACCCCCUGGCCCAGGUGACUCAGGCCUUCCGGGAGCACCUGCUGGAGAAGGCCCUGUACUGCGUGGCCCAGCCGCGUGGAGAGAAGCCCACCAAUGAGGGCGAGGGUGAGUACUCUGAUUCUCUUGAGUACCUUCAGCUACUGACCAGCGCUUCAGAUGCUGCUGGAGCCACAACCCAGUGUUUUGCUAUCGGCUCCAAUAUGGCUAUUGUUACAGGUUGUGACCCUCACUCCAAGUGGUGGUCGUCUCUGGCCAUCGUGUUCAUUAACUGGCUGCAGGGCGAUGACGUCGCAGCCGAGAGGCUCUACCCAGCCGUGGAGCACCUGCCCCGCAGCCUACAGGCAUCAGAGAGCCCACUGCCCAAAGCAGCCCUGAGUGUGUUCAGAGCAGUGCGCACCCUGCUGGCCAAACCAGAGAACUGCCAGCUGAGCCUGAGCUACUGCGAGCGAGCCAGUGGCCUGCUGCGAGACAGCCUCAACCUGGGGCCCAACUGCCACUGCAGCGCAAUAGACAAGGUGGUGCAGUUGCUGCUGUGUGACCUGCUGCUUGUCACGCGCACUAACGUGUGGCGGGCGGUGCAGGCCCAGGGUGCCCCAGUGACGACCACGGCCUCCCAGCAGGCGUCUCCGGCCGAGCUGCACGGCUUCCAGCAGGACCUCAGCUCCCUCAGGAAGCUCGCCCAGAGCUUCAGGCCCGCCAUGCGCAGGUUGUUCUUGCACGAGGCUACAGCCCGCCUGAUGGCAGGGGCCAGCCCCACUCGCACACACCAGCUCCUGGACCGCAGCCUGAGACGCCGCACCACUCCUGGAGCCAAGACAGAGGAGUGUGAGACGCGACCAGGCCAGCGGGAGCAGGCGGAGGCGGUGAUGUUGGCGUGCCGCUAUCUGCCACCCUCCUUCCUGUCGGCCCCUGGGCAGCGUGUGGGUAUGCUGGCGGACGCUGCCCGCACCCUGGAGAAGCUCGGGGACAAGCGCACCCUCCACGACUGCCAGCAGAUGAUCAUCAAACUGGGCAGUGGCACCACAGUCACCUCCACCUAAAUAUCACAAAACUCUCUCACACACACACUCACACUCACACACAGACACAGACACUCUUACACACACACACACACACACACCAACUCAGACCCACAGUUGUUUUUGGGCACAUGGCCAUUUGCCGUCACUCUUGGCUGUUGGUCGGCCCACAGAGAUGAGUACAGACUAAGUGAGGGUGUGUCACCCGCUCUUUUCUCUCAUUCUCUCAUUUCAACCCCCCACACACCUGCCAGCCCCUGCAACGAGAAGAUAUCCAGAACGAAUGUUAUCACAGUGUAAUAAUAAUAAUUAUUAUUAUAAUAAUAUAAGAAAAAGUGUUUGCAUUUUUAUAUGAUAUGACUUUUAAUGUAAUUGUAUUUAUAGCUUCCCUUCAAAACAAAAUUGGGUUGAUUUUUGGAAUUUUUUUUUUGCUCCCAGAGGUGCACUGUAGUGGCAUGGUCUGGCCACUGGGUGGUGUGUUGACGACUGCCACAAAACUGCAUCUUGGGCACGGGAUUUGGGAAUGUAGCGCUUUCUGGAGGGACUCGAACAAAUCUCCAUACCCAUGCGAAAAAUCUGGCUGUAGAUGCACAUACUUUAGCAUUUGUCUGUGGGACCGACUUGUUGGUCUGUUCGUGGUCCUGACGCCUGUAUAAUCGCAGGUCAACGGACUCAGAAUGAGCUCAAAAAAGAAUUUAGUUUCUGUACAGGAUGAUUUAGAAGCGCGUCUGCACUACUUUUGCCAGGAUGAUUUCAACAUGAGUUGAGGCUUUACUUUUCUUUUUUCGCUUUUCAGGAAUAGAAUCAUUUGUGUUUUUCCUUUUUGUAUAUAUUUUAAAAGUGUAUUUAUAAAGUUGUGUAAAAGAAAAGGAGAAGAAAAGGAUUUGGAUCAUCAGUAUUCUGCAUAAUAGCGGAGUUGACUCCUAAUCUCCUUGUGUCUUGUAAAGGAUGGGAGCGCCUGGAUUAGACCCACGACCGUGUUACUUCCGAGAACGAGAGGACGUUGCCGUCGUUGGUGUCGUUGGAAAUGUCUUUGAAAGAUUUGAAUCCCAUUUGAGUAUUUAAAGAGUUUUUUGCACUAUAGUUUGAGAAGAAAAACUUUGUUAGUGUCUUUGUAGCGGCAUCAGUGAGGAGGCCGUUCGGCUGCCUUCGCCCCGUGCAAGGUGUCAGUCAGGGUGGAGCUGUUCAGGGCGCCCCCUUUUAUCCCAACUGGACAAAUGCAUCAUUUGUGAAUUUUGUUCAUGAAAUCAUGAUCUAUCCAAAGAUUGGGGACAGAAUCCAGACGGCCAUGAGAAUUCCAAAUCAGCGCUUUUGUCCAUCGGCCCGGUCACUUGUUUCACCGAACAGCUCAUGUAGCCCGUGUAUUUCCAGCUCCUGUUAACCUUUCGUUUGAUCGAGUGUCAACUGGAAAUAUUUACUGUAUAUCAUUUUUUUUCUUCCCUUCUACCAAUUUUACUCUUCAGAAUGUAAAUAAAAUCCUGUUUUUGUAACGAC